AUGACAACAACCUAUUAUACUUCAUUAUUUUUCCUCAGUGAUCACACUCCUCUAAAAGUGAAUUAUGAUAAUACAUAUUUAUCUUUUACAAUUAUUAAUAGCCAGAAGCAGACCUGUCGUAAUCCGAUGAAUAUGGAUAGCAAAGUAUGGAAGAAAAUGACGGUAGCAUAUGAUGUUUUUAGAAAAGUCAAACAAAUAUGUCCAACGGAUCAUUUCAUGAUUUAUGAGCCGUUUUCUAUUGCUCCUCAAUUCGUUUCAUUCCAACUGCGCUCAUUUUUGAUGUUCCAUUUAAUUGCUUAUCCAUGUAAAGCCAGAUCAGCAUAUAUACAAAUGAUAAGUGAAAAAGAAAGAUAUGGAUUUGGAUGUUUUGCUCGAACAAUCACCGCAAAACAACAACCAGGAUCAAAACCAAAGCUUUUCUAUUCAUUGGAAAGCAGUCAUCCGACCAACACACAUCAAAAAUCAGCCCAUCAUUUGGUCUCUAAAAGUCCGCAACUUUCUAUUGGUAAACUUAUCAAAUGA